CUUUGCUUAAUUAUCCUACCUUAGCUUAUUAGCUUUUUCAUAUAUCAUUCAUUAUUAUUCUCCUACUAUCUUCCUCUCCCUUCCUCUCCCUUUCUCCCAUUUUUUCUCAUUCUCUAAAUCAUUAAGAAAAAGAUAGGCUAAUUCAAACAAGUUAUUAAACAUUUCUAAGUCAUAACACAACACCAAACUCAUAAGUUAAGCUUAAUUAAGGUGUUGGAGAAAAGAAAAUAUGGGUAGAGCUCCUUGUUGUGAUAAAGCUAACGUGAAGAAAGGUCCAUGGUCUCCAGAAGAAGACGCCAAGCUCAAAUCCUACAUCGAAAAGAAUGGUACCGGUGGUAAUUGGAUCGCGUUGCCUCAAAAAAUCGGGCUUAAGAGAUGUGGAAAGAGUUGUCGUCUCCGAUGGCUAAACUACCUCCGGCCUAACAUCAAACAUGGAGGAUUCUCAGAAGAAGAAGAUAGAAUUAUCUUAAGCCUCUAUGUGAGUAUUGGAAGCAGGUGGUCUGUAAUUGCAGCACAAUUACCAGGAAGAACAGACAAUGAUAUUAAAAAUUAUUGGAACACAAGGUUGAAGAAAAAACUCCUAGGAAAGCAAAGGAGAGAUCAACAACAAGCUCGGAAAGCAAACAACCUACUAAAAAAGCAAGAGGAUAAUAGAUUGGUUUAUUCCAUUCCGUUUACCUCGAGUUUUGUCAAUCAUAACCAAAUCCCAUAUUGGCCACCCCAACUUACUACCAAUCUACCUAGUGCAAUUUCAAUACCGAAUUACUUGAAUUCUUCAUCUGAGAAUUUCCAAGGUCUCAACAAUGAUCACACAUCACUUCGAAAAUUGUUGAUGAAGGUUAAUGGAGGACAUUAUGAUAGUGUCAAUGAUCCUCAAUUAUUACCUCAUCAUAACAUUACUUACCCAAGUGAUAAUAAUAUCACGCAAACAAAUAUCAACCUCUCUAAUACAACACCUCCAUUGGACACCAUGAUUCAUACAUGUGAAAUAACAAGUUCGUCCCACUUUAACCCUGAAGGUGAAGGUGUAAGGAUAGGAAUGAUGGAAGGACAAAGUAGUACUUUCCCUCCAGAACUCGAGGAGUUGAUGAGUAGAAACCCCCAAAGGGUGGCUGCAGAUGGACUUGAGUUCCUUUACGGCGAUUAUGGCAACAACUUCGUAAACAAUGAUGGAUCAACGUCGGAUACUACAACUUGUGGGGAGAGUUCUAGAUGGGUUGAAAUGAGCUCUUUGGCUUCUCUUCCUAAUUUGGAAUCUGAUUGUAGUGUUUUGGUUCAAGGAAUUGGAGAAGAAAGUCGAUUCGAAGAGCCCUUAAGGUACCCCAGUACUGAUGAUCAAUUAUAGUACAGUGUUUCGAUUGGGUAGGUAAGUGUGUGUGUGUGCCUAUGAAAAUUGGUGUAAAUUCAAUUUACUAUAAAGAGUGGAAGAAAUCUAAUAUGUUUUUGUGAUUUAUUUCAUCAUAUUUUUGUUUGAUAACUCAAUUACAUUAUAUGAUAAGCUCGUGAAAGAAUGUGGGUGUGCUUGUUGUCUUUGAAUUCUAGUUUAUUUGUAGUUGUGAUUUGUGAAUCUAA